UUCUUAUCUUUUCGUUCGUUCUGCUCCGAUCGCUUCCAUCGUCUUCCUCGUCCCACUUUACCCUUCUCCUCUAUUUCUCCCCUCUGUCGUCAUUAAACCCUAAUCUCUCCCCUCUUUCCCAGAUCUUCUCGGACGGCGGUCAUAUUGGAAUAUCCGCCUGCCGAGCAAUGAAACCGACUAUCCUCACAACCUCCCCUUCCUCUUCUCAGCAGCUUCCUCUCCGUCCCUCAAUCUUCCUAAACCCCACCCCUCUCCCCCUCUCAGCUCCCUCCCGGCGCCGCAUUCGAGUCUCCAACCUUCCUUCUCGCUGCACCGCGGCCGCUCCUUCCGACGAUGACCCGACAACCACCUCAACUUCCCAGAGCCCGGAGCACAGCAUCUUUGGUGGUCAGAAGGAGCUCACCGGCAUUCAACCGCUGGUCAAGAGCUUGUCCCCUCCCGUGCGGUUGGCCACCUCCGCGAUUGUAGUGGCCGGCGCCUUUGCUGCUGGGUAUCAGCUGGGCUAUCGGUUUGGUGGGAACCGGAAUGCUGCUCUGGGUGGAGCAGCCGUUCUGGGUGCUGCUGGUGGGGCUGCUGCUUAUGCGGUGAGGGCCUCCGUGCCUGAGGUUGCUGCCGUGGAGUUGCAUAACUAUGUCGCCGGCUUCAAUGAUCCUGGGGUAGUGAAGAGAGAUGACAUUGACAAGAUUGCUAGCAAAUACGGCGUGAGCAAACAAGAUGAAGCAUUCAAUGCGGAGCUCUGCGAUUUAUAUCUUAGGUUUGUGCAAUCUGUCAUUCCUCCUGGAAAUCAAGAGCUUAUAGGCAGCGAAGUUGACACCAUCAUUAGAUUUAAGAGUGCUCUCGGCAUUGAUGAUCCUGAAGCAGCUGCCAUGCAUAUGGAGAUUGGAAGGCGGAUAUUUAGGCAGAGGCUUGAAACAGGAGAUCGUGAGGCUGAUAUUGAACAGCGUCGGGCAUUUCAGAAGCUGAUUUAUGUUUCAACUCUUGUGUUUGGGGAAGCAUCAACUUUCCUUUUACCUUGGAAGAGAGUCUUCAAGGUUACUGAUGCCCAGGUCGAGGUAGCUAUUCGGGAUAAUGCCCAACGUCUAUACACUUCCAAGUUAAAAACAAUCAGCAGAGAUCUUACUGUGGAUCAGCUUGUCAGUCUCCGUGAGGCACAAUUGCUGUAUCGACUUUCUGAUGAGCUUGCCGAGGACUUGUUUAAGGAGCAUUCCAGGAAGCUGGUCGAGGAAAAUAUCACUGCUGCACUGAAUGUGCUUAAGUCAAGGACCCGAGCACCCAGGGGAGUCACUGAAGUAGUCGAGCAGCUGGAUCGGAUACUGGCAUUCAAUAACUUGCUUGUCACAUUGAAGAACCAUGCUGAUGCAGAUCGCUUUGCUCGUGGAAUUGUACCAGUUUCCUUAAUUGGUGGUGACUAUGACAGUGACAGAAAGAUCGAUGACUUAAAGCUUCUCUACAGAGCAUAUGCAGCAGAUGCAGUAUCAUCUGGUCACAUGGAGGUCAAUAAGCUGGAAGCCUUGAAUCAAUUGAGGAACAUAUUUGGCUUGGGUAAACGUGAGGCUGAAGCUAUAACGCUUGAUGUUACAUCAAAGGCUUAUCGUAAAAGGCUCGCACAGUCUUUUUCUGGUGGUGAUAUGGAAGCUGCAGAUAGCAAAGCUGCCUUCCUCCAAAAACUCUGUGAUGAAUUGCACUUUGAUCCUCAGAGAGCUAGUCAGAUCCAUGAAGAAAUUUAUCGACAAAAGCUUCAGCAGUGUGUUGCUGAUGGAGAACUGAGUGAAGAGGAUGUUAAAGCUUUACUUCGCUUGCGAGUCAUGCUCUGUAUACCCCAGGAAACUGUCGAAGCAGCUCAUUCUGAUAUAUGUGGCAGUUUAUUUGAAAAGGUUGUGAAGGAAGCCAUUGCUUCAGGAGUUGAUGGAUAUGAUGCUGAGGUCAAGAAAUCUGUGAGGAAGGCGGCGCAUGGCCUACGCUUGACUAGAGAGGCUGCCAUGUCCAUUGCAAGCAAAGCGGUUAGGAGAAUUUUCAUCAAUUACAUAAAAAGGGCACGUGCAUCUCAGAAUCGUACAGAAUCUGCUAGGGAACUCAAGAAGAUGAUAGCUUUCAACACAUUGGUGGUUACCGAGCUAGUGGCAGACAUAAAGGGAGAAUCAUCUGAUAAAGCAUCAGAAGAGGUUGUUGAGGUGGAAGCAAAGCAAUAUGAAGAUGAGGAAUGGGAGUCCCUUCAGACUCUUCGAAAGAUAAGACCCAAUAAGGAGUUGACAGCGAAAUUAGGAAAGCAAGGGCAAACAGAGAUCAAUCUAAAAGACGAUCUUCCAGAGAGGGAUAGGACUGACCUCUACAAAACAUACCUGUUAUAUUGCAUUACAGGAGAAGUCACCAACAUUCCAUUUGGAGCACAAAUUACCACGAAAAAGGACGAUUCUGAAUAUGUGCUGUUGAAUCAGCUUGGUGGAAUCCUGGGUUUGACACCCAAAGAAAUUGUGGAAGUCCAUCGUGGGCUAGCUGAGCAGGCAUUCAGGCAGCAAGCAGAGGUGAUUUUGGCAGAUGGGCAGUUGACAAAAGCAAGGAUUGACCAGCUCAAUGAGGUUCAAAAACAAGUAGGAUUGCCUCCAGAAUAUGCUCAGAAGGUAAUAAAAAACAUAACCACUACAAAAAUGGCUGCAGCUAUUGAAACUGCCGUGAGCCAGGGGAGGCUCAACAUAAAGCAGAUAAGAGAACUAAAGGAAGCGAGUGUUGACUUAGAUAACAUGAUAUCAGAGAGCCUACGCGAGAACCUCUUCAAGAAAACCAUUGAUGAAAUGUUCUCCUCGGGUACUGGAGAGUUUGAUGAGGAAGAGGUCUAUGAGAAGAUACCUGCAGAUCUCAACAUUAAGGCUGAGAAAGCAAGAGUCGUUGUCCAUGAACUCGCGAAGAGUAGAUUAUCUAAUUCUCUGAUCCAGGCUGUGGCUCUGCUGAGGCAGCGGAAGCGACAAGGAGUGGUUUCCUCUUUGAAUGAUUUGUUGGCCUGUGAUAAAGCUGUGCCUUCCGAGCCGCUAUCUUGGGAAGUGCCUGAGGAGUUAGUGGAUCUAUUUGCAAUAUACCUGAAGAGUGAUCCUGCCCCAGAAAAACUCUCCCGUUUGCAGUAUCUGCUCGGAAUAAGUGAUUCAGCAGUAGCUGCCAUUCGAGAGAUGGGAGAUAGAGUACUUCCAGCUGGAGCAGAGGAAGAGUUUGCCUUCUGAAAUGAUUCUGGUCUGGUGGUAGAAUCAGCAAGUCGUCGUUUUGUUUGUGUCAAACUUGAGGAGAGGAGCCCUUCCGAAUUUGCCCCUCUCAUCAUCGGCUCGUGGUAGAAGCAAUCCUUUUUUCUACUUUUAUAUAUGUAGAGCAUUGUCCAAGUAGGUGGGUGUUGAGAUUUUGAAGCAAUAAGCGGUUUUAUUAGAUGUCACUAGUUUUAGAACGUCACUCUGAUGUAUUCUGCCUGAAGCUGAAAAAAAUCACGCUGGUUUCAUAGUAGAAUUUUAAAAUCAGAUUUUGAUUUUGAAAAAGGGUGGUAUAAAUGGGGCUCAUCCUUUGACUUGGUAUGAAUUAUGUCGUUUUGUUGUGGAAAAAAAUGGUAUAAAUGGGGCCUAUUUUUUGAC